UCAUUAAUUUUUGAAUGAAAAAAUCCCAUUAUUUUGGGAAAMUUUUUACAAUAUUCUGAUUAUYAACUUUAGGAAAARRUAGAUGGAGAUACAUUGCACAAAAUGGAUUACCUUUCCAAGAAUAAUUUCUUUAUUGAUUAUAUGUUACUGCUUGUGUACCUGUGCUGGAAAGGACAUUGAUAAUCAAGAUGGUUUUUGCUUGAAUGAAAAGCAGUCUGAAUCGGAUUGUAGUUCGAGUAAGGAUGGUAAAUAUAAGAAAGAAAGUAAUUCAAAGACUAUUUCUACAAAUUUACCCUCUGAACUUGACUUCGAGAGGGUUGACUUUAAUGACUCGAAGAAGUUAAAAGAUGAAGGAAUACAGCAGGAAGCUGUUGAACUGCCACAUGAAAUAAAGACACUUCAAAUCCCCAUCUUGGAUGGAAUUAAGGUUGGACACGUCCAAGACGUUGAAAUUAUGCCYGGYGUGACAAGGCAAAUCAAAACAUUAAGUUUACAUCCACCAAUAUUCGAAAUUCCAGAUUUUCUCGAUCCAACUGAGUGUGAUUUGAUAGUUGCUAUGGCUGAUCGCAAAGGCAUGUCAACCAUAAAAUUACACAUAUCCAAUGAAGGAAUAACAUUUGAAGAUGUGAUCAAUACUUUCAAGUCAUGGGAUUACAACGGUGAUGGCUUUAUUGACCCAGAAGAGAUUAUAUUAUUACCUGGAAAGGAUGCUCUUCAAUUCCAGGAAAAAGAUGUUUUACAAAUGUUUAAGGAUCUAGAUAUGGACAAAGACUCGAAUGAUAAACUAGACAUAGAGGAAUUCAAGAACACCAGCCUGACUAAGAUACAAAAGUACAUCAAUGAACGCCUUAAUGACGUCACUCAAUUACGUAAUGCUACCAGGGAUCAGGUCUGGUUGUGGCAUGAUGAUGAUGAGUUGCUAAGAUACCAACCAGAAUUCAUGGGAAACUACCAUGAAAGGCUAGAAGCAAUAACCAAAGUCCCAAAGGAGAUCAUCCAACAGAGUGAACCUCUUCAGGUGUCUGUUUACGAAGAGGAUAGCUGCAGUACAUGCGUGCAAGACUCUGAGCCCAACGUGGGCGCCAUUCCAUGUUGUCAUUAUGGAGAUACAAGCCAGUGUCGAUUUUGCAGGUUCAUUACUGUGGCAUAUUUUCUAAAUGACGUUGAUAAAGGAGGAGAACUGGUCUUCCCUCACGCAAAUAGUAAAUUUGAGGGAGACAUCUCAAACCACCCAGGAAACUGGUCAGGCUUUUUUACUUUUGCUAAAACUACAGGAAGUAAAACCACCUUCAAUGUUCAGCUGACCUUCAAGACCGAGGGCGCAAAUAAGAUUUUACAUGGUGUGGGAAAAGAUGAUAGUGGUGAUUUUCAGUUUGUUGACAGCCUUGUUGCAAACGAUAUUGUAAGGUUUCGAAAGAAAUAUACCGAUGYUAAAGGAGAUGAUAUGUUCAUAAAAUACGCUGGUCGUGUAAAGAAUGGGGUCACCGUCGAAGGAAAAUGGUGGGUCCCAGGCCAGUCGAGAAUGAAUGGAAGAUUCUUCAUGUACUCUACUGACUAUGAGAGAUGGCUUGAUCGUGAGAUCCAAAAGUGCAACUCAAAAGCUUAUUGCACAGACAGAAGCCUCGUCAUAAAACCACAAAAGGGAAAAGCCGUCAUGUGGUAUAAUCACAUGACUAAUGACGAUCAUUGGGUUGGUGCUAUUAAUGACAAAAGUUACCAUGGUAACUGUGACGUCAUCGAAGGCGAAAAAUGGCUCGCAAAGAGUUAUAUCAAUGUCAUGGGUGACGGUAAUGUCACUCUGAAGGCUUGGAAAGCCGGUACAAACUGGUUAUCUACAACGAAUAGAAACAAUUACCAAGAACUUAUCACAAAAUUGACAGGCGAAAAGCCUAAACAAGAAGACGCUAUUGARGAAAUGUUUAAUAAAGAUAUGUCAGACUCCAAAAUCAAACCUGCAGACGAGCGGCCCCCUGAGAGACAUGUUCUCAAUGCCGUGACGUCAUUAUUAGAGGUUCUCGACCAGAAUGGCAUUAGAGAAGUCUCUAAGAAAGUUCAUCAGAAAUUACAGAUGACUUGUAUCCCUUUAUUUAUGAAUCAAGAAGGCAAGAUUAGGGUUGUUGAUGGAAGCACAGACCAGUAGUGCGGCGUCUUUAAAUUUAGUAUUUUUUUAGGUGAUUUAGUUGCGUCCGUAGUCUAGUCAGACUAAAUUUGGUAACUAUCCAAACAUGAAAUGAGAAUUUGUAUUGUGUGUGCUGAUCUUCGCAUUCCGGGGCGCAUGUGCUCAAAUUCCUGUGAUAUAGAACCUAGCAAUGACUAAUGAACAGACCUAAAAGAAGAGCGGGAUUUACGUCGUACAACGCCACAUGCAACAAAAUAAGGUGCAAGUCAAGUUGCUGAAAUGAAUGCACGGUGAAACACUGAGCUCCUUUAGCCUCUAUGAGUGCUAAAAUAAUAAGAAAUAUCUAUCUCUAUUUCUUUGGACAAAAUGAAAGCUAUAACUUCUACUUUUCAUUAGUUCGCUCAUGACGCUUCAGCAGCCAUAUUGCUGUACACAUAACAAACAUCUCUUCUUGAUGUCAAUGAUCACCGCUUUA